UCGACAAUUACCAAAUCCCAAAAGAACAGAAGUAGCCCUAGACAGUCUCCCUACCCAAUCCAUCACCCAUCUAGCAACCCGAUCGCUUCUCCUUGCGUGAUUUUUCAGUCUAUAACUGAAUGCAGGAGGGGAGAGUCGUCAAUUUCAACCCGAUCUACAACAAAUUUAAGCUUUGUCAGGGUACUUUUUAUCCCAAACCCCUUGGUGAUUCACUGACUUGGGUUAUAGAAAAGCAUCCUAUUGAAGAUGGAGAAUGCAGCAAAAAGAGUUCAUGCUAUGAGAUGCUGGUCGAUCUACCGUAUCACGUCCUGGUCCUGAUAGGAAAGAAACUGACCAUUGCUGAUCAUCUUUCUUUUCGUGCUGUUUGUAAGGACUGGCGUUUGGUGUCAAAAAUUUGCCGCCCACUGCAAUUUACAACCGAAUCACUUUGGCUCAUGUUCUUAAGAAACCCAAGAAGAAAAUCUGCUCAAUGGAAGAUUUAUACCACAGCGCAAACCUGAAGAUUUUAAAGAUUGGCUUGUGGCAAAAGCGUUGCUUGAGAAGUCAUUGCAGGUUGUCUUUUCAACGGAAAAGGGUGAGAAAAUCAUUACCAUACCCCCUGGCAAAGGAAGAAAGCAGAAUGCAGAGAGAACUGAGAAGGAGGUAUUUUCUGGGUGGAUACCCUGCCAAUAGGUGCAUGCUGUGCAUCAGUAGAUGGUCAUAAACUUGUUGGUUGGCAUUUUUGGGACAAGAGCAGUUGCCCUCACACCUGUGGUAAUCCUCGUGGAAAUUCAUUUUGGAUUGAACCCAAAUGGAGUCGACCUUCAGCAGAUCUUAAAUGGUCUACCACUGGAUUUUAAUCUUUUGUUGUUUGAGACUGAGGUAUUGUUUAGCUUCUUAUGCCAACCUGAAGCUUCUUUAAAAAAAGAAAAAGGAAAGAAAACUGUUGACUGUAGUGUAGUAUUAUAGGUGCAACAGUGUCAAUUAAUUUUACUUAAAUUAUUAAUCUUA